AUGCUGGAUCGGAUCUGGUCCCAAGGAGGGGCUGAUGGUACCCCGUGGAGGUGGCCGGUGCCCCCAGUGGAGACUCUGAGAAGUGUUGCAAUUGGCAUGCUGGAGUGGUGGCCGCUGCAGGGGCCGGUCCUCUGGAAGCCCUGUGAGGGGGAUGUCAGUGAGCAACUCUCAUAUGAUGUAUGAGGAGAAAAGCCCUGAAGAAAAUCACACUGUUUCUCAGCGUCUUACCCAAUUGACAAUCAAACUACUCCGGUGAUUUAUGGUGUUAGCUGGCUGGACACCGACUUAGACAGACAGGCUGCAAGUCAGCAGACAGUCAACUCAACUGAGAUUGGAAGUCUAGCCUAGAUCAAGAAGCUCAAGCAAUGCUCAAGCAAUGUAGCCUACCCAACAUGCUUGGAGGACUGUUAGGAAAACAGACGUUUCUUUUUGUGGCAACUUGGAGGACUUCCCUUUUGAAAUGCCUUUUGAGAGCACAAUCCUUCAUUCAAUGAAAAAUAAUUUCACUCUGUCCUUGCAGAUCCUCCCAUUGUAUAGCAAUAUAUUUGUCAUAUUUUACACAUUCCAGUGGAAAGAUGUUACAGUACUUUACACUCAAUUAAUAAGGAUUUCUGGCAUUCCUCUUUGUCCAUAUGCUGUGAUCCACAUGUGGUCUGGGGGAAACUAGGAGGAGAAUUUGGAAAGAGGAGAGUUGUGCUGCUCCAGUGAAUUUAGGCCAGUGGUCUUCUCUGGACAAGUAAGUCAUAAUAAAGAAAACACACUGUUGUUUUUCUAACUAACUGAAUCUGUUCCAAAACUUCCAAUCGAUGAUUGUUGAUGUUUUUCUGCAUUUCUGUGUAAUAUCAUUAGUGUGGUUUUGAUGUCGAUGUGAUUCACUUUUUCCAUCUGUGAUGAGUUCUGUCAUAUUCCUGCUGCGCACACACACACAACCUCCAUCCCUCCCUCACACUGUUUCUUUCCAUAAUUAUCUUACAUACACACACACACACACGUGUUAUGAGCGCUAGUCACACUCACACAGUGUGUAAUGUAUUCACCAUAUGCUAGAUGUGGAUGAAGAAACCUUUUGUCACCUAGGCUACGCUGUGGUAGGACAGCAUCGUGCCCCUCAUAGUAAAAUAUGCAGAGAGAGCACCCAAAGUUACCGAUGCUGCUACCUGUCAUCAACAGGCCCACAACGGGUGGGAGAGAUGGAGAGACACAAUGAGAGAGAGAAUUCACAUUUUCACAUUUACAUUUUAGUCAUUUAGCAGACGCUCUUAUCCAGAGCGACUUACAGUUAGUGAGUGCAUACAUAAAAAUAAAAACAAUUAUCAUACUGGUCCCCCGUGGGAAACGAACCCACAACCCUGGUGUUGCAAACGCCAUGCUCUACCAACUGAGCUACACGGGAAUAGCAUCUGGUCGUUUCAGUUCCUCAAAUAACACCGCUUUCACGUUCAAUAUUUGCCUUAUAAUUACCCCAAUACUGUCGCGUUGUCAACAUUUAUCAUACUUUCCUACUUAUCUUAAUGUCUUUCCUCAUAACUGUAGUGGCACAUGUUUAAAGAAAGUUCGAUUUUUCUCUGACCAAAUGCAACAUGGAGCAGAGGUGUCAGGCAGGCGUCUGUGAUGUGAGCCUGAUUACCCAGUGGCUAGUUAGCAGUUAGCGUUGACUCUGUUAGCCUGCGAUUGUCUCAAAUGACACCAUUACCAUGUCUUCAUGGCUAAUAGCCUCCCCCAGGGUGGGGGGGGGGACAUGCGUUUGGCAUGUCAACGCGAGGUGAGAACACACAUGAGCCAGAUUGAGGCCGUCCACACCCAAAUCACUCCUGACACCUCUUAAGGGGCCAUCAGCAUCAAUGGCUCUCUGCUACAAUUACCCCCUCAGUAAUAAUGACAUAAGCACCCAGUUCCUUCCUGCCGGCGCUGAGUGCUCGCCUCGAACUGACCUGGAAUCUGAUCCCAGAGGGCUGGUCUCAGAGCAGUUAUCUGAUCCCUUAGGCCCAACAGACAGAGACGACAACCAGGACGGGACUGGUCUAGGAACGGCGGUUAUCUUAUCCCAGAGGCCGUGGAAGGCUGUCUGUCCCUCACAGACACUGAUUGUAAUUCAGACUACUGUUGCUGUUUGCUGAAGGUACAAGAGAUCCUUUGAGUGUUUUGGUUUUCUGAUUUGUUAUGAUAACCCAAAAUAGAAAAUACUGUACAAUUCCCUGCACAAUAUUUGAGAGUAAGUUUCUAAAGAUUUGUAAAGAUAAAGAAUUUCAAAGAUUGCAGCUCAAGUUACACAGCAGGGAUUUCAACACGAUUUUGUUGGUUGCAAGGUAUCGUGAAUUUAUUUUAUGACACCUGUUUUCGCUUGUGGUGUGGAGGGUAGUGCCCCGAUUUGACCAUUUCAAGCACGGUGUAUAAACAAUAUUCAGACAGGCCCUCCUGACAUACUAAAACUGAUUGUUUAUGCUUUUCUGCUGAACAGCACUGCUGUAUAAUAUAUUUAGCCAAGAAACCCCUCAAGUCAUAAGUGAAGUUCCAGGUCCCCUUCCAUGCCACCUCAGUACUGCAGUAUGUAGUGCAGGCCGGGCACAAUGUCAUGACUAGUAGGAAUGGACCAAGGCCAGAACCUAGCAGACUAUCAAUACCAUGGCUCAAUGGAGUAGGUCAAUGCCAGACCUGACCAUGCCAGAACCCAGCAGAACCAGAAACACUAUUUACCCAAGGAUCUUAAAGUGAAGUGUGAUCUCUCUCUUUUAGAGGGGAAAGGGCCCAUCCCUCAACCCGCUCCAUGGCUUUAAAAUAAGGCCUUUGUUUUAUUUCUGAUACACUUUGGUCUCUCUCUCAUUUGAUUUGUGCUGACUAUAUACCUAAACCUACACUAAAUGGGAGGAGCCUUUUUUAAUAACUCUUAUUGGUUUAUUUGACAGUCUUCCCUGCUUUCAUUGGCAGUUUGUAGUUGUUCAUGCUCUGGCCUCAUUGGCUGGCUGGAAAGUGUUCUAUAUUUUCAUUGGCCAGUUCUGUUCUCCCACUGACUGUUAGAGGUGCUAGCUAUAGAGUUAAUUCAGCAUCUCAAUAACAGCUCAUCAAUGAAAAUCUAAUCUCCCCCCAGGAGCCUCUAGGUGGGCGUGUAUUCUCAGGGAUCCAGCCCACGGGUGUGCCCCACCUGGGGAACUACCUUGGAGCUCUGGAGAGCUGGGUGUCCCUGCAGAGCCAGUACCCCUCGGUGCUCUACAGCAUAGUGGACCUGCACUCCAUCACCCAGCCCCAGGACCCAGCCCUGCUGCGGGUUAACAUACUGGACAUGGCUGCCAGCCUGCUGGCCUGUGGCAUCAACCCAGAGACAUCUAUCCUCUUCCAGCAGUCACAGGUUAGUCAGACACUCACACACACAGACCACCACUAUACACCCGCCAUUGGUAGUGUUCAUCCCUGCCACACACACACCACACACAUACAAUCACUGCUCUAUUAAAGGAGUUUGAACCUAUAUUCUAAUGUGGUUUUACAAACAGGUAGAAAACCUGAGUGUGUGUUUGUGACUUGGCGGUCUGAGCAGGCUGCCUUGGAUCUGUUUCCCAGCAUGUCAACAAGAGACUUAGCUGGAGCAGCGGCCAUAUUGGAAUGUUUAUUUUAUCAUGGCAAACUCUGAAUGUGUACCUAAUGCAGCAGCUUUAAAACGCUUAUUUUAUCACUCCGAUCCUUAUCUUCUCUGUGUGCUCUGCAAAUUCACAGGGAUUAGGAAAACACAUAUUCACAAACCACCAUUUACUUCAGAGGAAGCCACAUGAAGGGGGAUAAUGAUAGAUGAACAACAUGCACCACUUCAACAGAUCAUUUUCAGGGAAGUGUUAGGAAAAUAAGUUAAUCAUAAUAGACAUUUUCUUCUCCCUGGACACCUAAAUUGUGUGUUUGUGUGUCUAUUUCUGGAAAUGCCAUAUCUGUUUUGAUAGUGUGAUCCAUCUGUGAUGUUCCUUACACACAUAGCCCUAUUUUUAUUCCUGUUUAGCUUCAUGCCACAUAUCUUGGCAGCGAAGGGGACCUCCCAUUGAACACACGAGCUGGAGUCUGUUCCACAUGUACAAAUACCACUACCGCCCAAAGAAAACACUUGACUUCAUUGAAAAAGUGGUUACAAGCUGAAAUCAAUAGUGUCUUAAGGGAAUGGCCUUCAUCUUGAAAAUGGAGAAGUGUGUGUGUGUGUGUGCGCGCGCGUGUGUGUGUGCGAGAGAAAGACCGUAGUAAAGUUAUACCCUUUCUUACUGGAAUAACAGCAGCAGAUCCACAAAGCUGUGAGGUUUAUAGGAAUAUCUUGGCUCCCACCCGCUAAUGAAAUAAGAGAUGUUGAUCUACUGUGUAAUGACUAAAUCUAAUGUCAGUUGUCCUAUAAUGACAUAAUCCAUAACAUUACUAGUAGCGUCUUUGUUUCAGUUACUGCUGUCAUCAACCUCCCAUCUCACGUUUCAUCGUCUGUCUGUAAGAAAUCUGUAGCUACAUGCAUUCAGUGUAAAAUCCUGGUUUAGUUCUGUGCUGUCCUAAGUUUACAUCAGACUCUUUACAAUCUGUUUAAGUGGAGAGAGAUGGCAGCCACUUCGCCAGCGCCCAUAAACUUUAAUUCUCUGAAGCAGAAGGAUUUUGCCCCUUUUUUUCCCACCAAUGAGAGUUGUUGGCCAGGCCCAUUGGUUUGAGAGAGGCCCAUGUCAGAAAGAGAGAAGCAUGGGAUGGUUGUAGCGUUAUGCAGAGAGGGAGUCGUUAAACCAGCCCUGCUAAUGCCUAGGAGAUUGGAGUUAUUUAAUGGCUCUUAUGCCUUGAUAGCGAUGUAUAAUGGAGUAUGGCCAUUGGCUAUGGCCUCUGGCCAACCGAGCACCUGUUAGGGAACGCAGACUCAGAGAGCGAAGUGGGGGUGGGGGGAAUCCAGUGUAGUUCCUAUCUCUGCCACAUGGUGGGGCUAGGAGGAACCCCCACCUGUCCCCAGAGGAUCUGAAAGGUUUUUUGUUACAGUAUGUUUUGUAGUGGUGGAGAAGUAGCCUGGCUGACUCGACCCAUGGGGUCAGCCAGACUAGUGGAGAACAGACUUUGAUAAAACAUUUACAGGUAGGCUUUGUUUAACCCCUCACACUCGUGGGAAUUGACCUAUAUGGAUGGGGCUAAAUUAAAAUAUUUAUUACAGAUGAGAUAUGGGAAGCAUAUGCAUAACCUUGGUAGCAAUUAAAAGGGAACCGGUUGGAGAUUAUGGAAAAAUUAUUAGAUUAAAGGUGAGGACACAGCAGUUCACCUGACACAAGACUGAAUCCAAACUGUUGAUUGUAUGUGCAUUUUACAUUUACUGUACUUUUCACCGCAUUUGUUUAGGUGCUUAUCAGUGUCCAAAUCUGGCAUUUUCAACCUGUAUACGGGUAAGAGUGGAAAGGGCUACAGACAAACAAUAUUUGGGCUUCGAUCAUGUUGACUGACUGGUUGUGAUGUCUCUCCCUCUCUUCCACAGGUCAAUGAACACGCUGAACUCUCCUGGAUCCUAGGCUGUCUUACCAGUAUGCCCCGACUCAGACACCUGCCUCAGUGGAAGGUACAGAACGGCUUGGGAAUGCUGUGGGAAUUGAAAUACAGUGGUAGAACCACUGAAUGAGUUUACUUGGGGACCAAUCAUUAGAUUUUAUGUAAAUUGUGCAUUGAUUUCAAUGGGAAAUUUGUGCUGCACUCACUAAAUGGGAGAAUUGUGCUGAUAAGUACAAUUAUUUAGUCCAGUUACAAAUGGUGGAAAGUUCAAUGCUAUUCUUCCAUCUUCAUCCAAUUUUAUUUUCUCAUUUUCAGCAUCCUGACUAUUGUUUUAGUCCUGUUUGUUUCUCAUACCUCACCUAGCAGAUCUGUUUUUAACGUUCUCAUAAUGACAGUGAUUUCCCUGGCCACGUGCAGUUUUACUAGGAGGCCAGAGGGAAGGAAGGGACGGCCAGCAGUGUUCUGGUUCUACUCAGAAAACACCUUUUUGUUUACGCAACCGAUGAGUUCAUGUCAAACGUGGCGGAAAAUGUCCUGUGAAUUCAGCCAUGUUGGGUUUGUGGGAGCAUUCUUCACGUGUAAAGAGAAAAUGCCUUCUUAAAAAUAACCCAACACAUUUUCCUUUUCUUGUUCCCUCUCUCUCUCUCUCUCUCUCUCUCUCUCCUUUAAUUUCUCUUCCUGCUCUCUCUCUUUCUAUCCCCUCUCUCCCCAGAUGAAGAGUAAACAGAAGAAUGAGGGGAGUGUGGGGCUGUACACAUACCCCGUCCUGCAGGCUGCAGAUAUUCUCCUCUACAAGUGAGAUCAGUCUCUACAGUACCACAUUGUGUGUGUCUGUGUGUUGUUGUUGCCUCAAAUGAAUAAAAUAUUGAAGACAACAUUUGGGUUUUCUCCUGUAUAUUCUUACAGGUCCACUCACGUCCCAGUAGGAGAAGAUCAGGUACAACAUCUGGAGCUGGCUCAGGACCUGGCCCGCAUCUUCAACAACACAUACGGAGACUUCUUCCCUGAACCACGUGCUCUGCUCAGUAAGUCAGCACACUGUAUGAUCAUUGGUUAUAUUUGCAGGCAGAGUACUCUCAACAUUUCUCUCUCUCUCAUACACGUCCAGAUGCAAAUGUUUACACAGACAGACAGACAGACAGACAGACACAUGGCCAGCAUAUUCUACUGAUGGAGACUCUGAGACCCCCUUUUAUUCUCCAUUAUAGCCAUCAUAAAAGCACAAGAUGUAACCAACCAUGCGUGCAAUGGAGCUUUGAUUAAAGGACUGUUCCUGUCCUCGUAUAUCUGAGAAAUAGAAUGAUAAUAGAUUAUUUAUUUUUUUGGGGGGGGUUGGUAUGUCCUCAAGAUGACUUGGUGUGCGUGUGUUGAGAUGAAUAGAUAGAAAGUGUGUGUGUAUUACAGUGGUUGGCUCAGGCUGGUUGAUGCUGUCUUCAUGUGCUGUGUUUGACUGUUUACUGCUGGAUGCUUUGUGGGAAAGAGACACGAGCAGCAGUUUCUGACACCUGCCAAUCAUCACCUCACAGCAUACUGCCAGGACCUGGUUCUUAUGGUGACAUGAUUCAUCUGAUGCAAUGAUAUCAUGCAUACAUCCACCUUAAUAAGAGGCUAUAACACAACCCAGCCUUAACAAGACCUAUUCUCUUUCAUCCCAAUCAGGCUCCACGCGGAAGGUAAAAUCCCUCCGUGACCCCUCCUCCAAGAUGUCCAAAUCAGACCCCCAGAAGAUGGCCACUGUCAACCUCACCGACUCUCCCGACGACAUCGUCCUCAAGAUCCGCCGCGCCGUCACAGACUUCACCUCUGAGGUGACCUUUGACCCUGAGGCUCGUCCAGGCGUGUCCAACCUGGUUCUGAUGCAUGCGGCGGUGGUGGGGUGCACGGUAGAGGAGGUGGUAAGGUGGGCCAAGGGGCUGGACACGGGAAAGUACAAACAGCUGGUAGCGGAGGCCGUGGUGCAGCGCCUCACGCCAAUCAGGGAGGAGAUUGAGAGGCUGAGGGGGGACAGGGGGCACCUGGAGAGGCUUCUGGCCCACGGAGCCCACAGGGCCAGGGAACUGGCUGCACCUGUCCUCAAGGAGGUCCGCCACAGAGUAGGCUUCUGCUGA